AUGGCUCAGCCUUCUACACCCGGCGGUACACCCUACUCCAUCUUUGGCCCUGGCUCUUCUACUCCUACCCAUACCAAUCAACUUUCGGGAGGUCCUCCUACCACUCCAGGUGCCGCUCCUUCAAGCAAUACUUUCUUAAUGCCGAAUUCGCCCGUGAAGAAUAGAUUGGGUAUGGAUGGGUAUAGACCCAAGGUUACAAGAACUCUUGGUCAGCGCCCAGCUUGCCUUGUCAAUGCCUCUGUUACAUAUUGCGGCAACAAUCAGAUUUAUGCCUUUGGUGGUUUCGAUCAGUAUACCGACGAGGUCUAUAACCAUGUUUUGAGACUUGAUCUGGUUAGUCACCAAUGGAAUUUGGUCGACAAUUAUGGCGACAUUCCCGGUGUACGAAUGGGUCAUACCGCUACACUCUAUCAAGGCGAGAAACUACUCAUAUUUGGUGGUGAAAACGAACAUCGUACAUACCUCUCUGACCUCAUCAUUUUCGAUCUCAAGACCGCACACUGGACCCAACCAACUGUAUCUGGACCUAUACCAAAAGGAAGAGCAAGACAUGCUGCUGUGUUGCACGAGGAUAAGCUAUUUAUCAUUGGUGGUAUUACCGGUCAUAAUAAUUAUGUGUUGGAUGAUAUUUGCUACCUGGACCUAAAAACCUUCACUUGGUCUCGAGCAUGGCGUUUCGUUGGACGAUUUGAUCACUCGGCAUAUUUAUGGGGAGAUAGAGUUUGGGUUUUUGGAGGUCUCAGCGAGGAUAUGGAUAAAAUUGGUGAUGUAUGGUGGUUGGACUUUAAGGGCAGCCCAGCAUUCGAAUCAGCACCCUCAUAUGGUUCUAUGGACAGGCAUGCAGCUCUCAGUCGUUCUCCUCGACCAUCGUUUUCAAUGUCUCAGUCUGCUGUAGGCAGUUCAGGCUAUGCCGCAAAUUCAAGCAGCGCACAGGUCAAUCCACCUUCAUUUCAAUUGACUACUUCUCCUCCUCUUGCUCCUGGUACAAUCUCUUCGUUAAAAUUCGUAUCCGGCCCCAAUAUACCCGCCCAAGGCUCCGGUAUGCAUUUCCAUGUUUAUACAUCCGGAACUCUUCUCGAUUUUGUCACCCCUGCAGCAACUAUAACACCACAAGAGUGUUCUUUAUCGUCUCUGGAAUUGGACACACUGCGUUGGCAAAAACUUGCAGAAGGUCGAGAUAUUUUCAGGCCAGGUUAUAGAUGGCAUUACUGUACUUUGAAUGACGAGGGUACAAAGGCUUGGCUGCUUGGUUGUCCAACUGAUCCCACAGCAACAGAUCUAGGUCCAGGUGGUUUUGAAGAAUAUUUAAGUGAUAUAAUGGAGAUUGAUCUUCGACGAUAUGGUUUACUCGGCAACGGUUUAAAUCCUGAGCCUCGAGAAGAAGCUUCACGAUUAUCAUCGUCUGGUAGAAUGAAAGUCGAAACCUCAAAAGGCCUUGGUAUGGAUUUAGCCAAAGUUUUCAAUCAAGCACCAGAAAGCGGUAGCGGGGCAGAUUUUAUCAUCACCGCAUCAAAAGAGGAUGAGUGGGAUGAGGAUGAUUCAAGCUCCAGAGGUUCUAUCAGUCAGGUUCAACAAAAUUGGUUGGCUCCUGAUGCACCAACAUCUCCUCCGAUUCAUGUUCACAAACUCAUUCUCCAAGCUCGAUGGCCCCACUUUGCACGCUUAUACAAUGCGCAAAUGGCAGAAUACCAUACAAAGAGAAUGCACAUACCAGAGCCCUAUCCGGUUGUCAAGGCAUUUUUAUACUAUCUGUAUACUGAUAGUAUCCACCCAGACGACUGUGCGGAGUUGGAUGACGUUGCAGGACUUUUGGUCAUGUCGAAUAUCUACAACAUUCCACAUCUUAGGUUGUUAUGUGUUAAUCGCUUAUCGAAGGAACUGGAUGUCGAUCACGCAUGUGUUAUUUGGCAUUCCGCGGGUAUUGCCAAUGAAGAAUGGUUACGCAGACGUGCUGCCAGUUUUUGUCUCACGCAUUGGGGCAGAGUUGUUCGCACGCCCGGAUUUUUAAGACUGCCACGCCAAGCUUUGGUUGAUUUAUCGCAGGAAAUCGAUAUGGAAGGUCGUGUUGUAGGAGGUGAAGAAUUAGAAUUUGUUGGAGGACUUGGUGGCUCUCGCUUUGGUGUAGGUGGUGUGGUUCGAAAGACUAGUGUUAGUAGCACUCAUACACAAGGUGUAGGUUCCGAAGUUGAUGACAAUGAAGAAAUGGAAAUGAAUUAA